CUUCACUUUCACCUCUCUAACGUCUAUUAAAUUAUCCCCAUCAACAAGUGAAAUGUCGCCAUUGUGAAAGUGCACAUUAAAAUUGUACACCUCAGAAACAUUCAAUCGUAACCCAAACCAAACCCGAAGGCUCCAGUCCGAGGCCCUGAUGCCAUCACAACCGUCCAAAUCAAUCGCCAUCAAAUUAACGGCCAGUAAAACUCAGCGCAGAUCAUUCCAGAACACCCGCGACACACAGCGUCGCUCAGGGUCUUUCCAACUUCCAUUCCCAGCCACUCCUUUAACUGCAUAGAGAAGAGACUUCCAGUCUCUGUCCAAUUUCUCUCUCUCUCUGGACUGGAACUUGCUAUUGCUGCAUAGAGUCGAGAGGCUUCUUCUCAAAGAUCAAAGAUGAAUCGGUUUGUGGGGAGGUCUGUAGUCCGAGCUCUGGUCAAUGGCCAAAACGGUGGCCGGAAUGCGUCGUCUUGGGCGGCCAUUGCCGGCAGACCUUGGGAAGCACCGGAGUUGAGGCGCGGAGGGGUGGUGUGGUUGGGGAGCUCGCGCUGGCGGAGGCCGAUGAGCUCGGCGGCGGAGACGGCGAUGACGGAGAAGAAGGAGAGGGCGUCGGCGGAGAAGAAAAACGAGGACGGCCAGGUGAUGCUUUCGAGCUAUUGGGGGAUUUCGCGGCCGAAGUUGACGCGGGAAGAUGGGACGGAGUGGCCAUGGAACUGUUUUAUGCCUUGGGAAACUUACCGUGCAGACUUAUCCGUAGAUCUAAGUAAGCACCACGUGCCAAAGACUUUUCUGGAUAAAGUUGCAUACAGGACUGUGAAAAUACUUAGGAUUCCAACAGACAUCUUUUUUCAGAGACGGUAUGGUUGUCGUGCAAUGAUGCUUGAAACAGUGGCAGCUGUUCCUGGCAUGGUGGGAGGGAUGUUGCUUCACCUAAAAUCUCUCCGCAAGUUUGAACAUAGUGGUGGUUGGAUUAAAGCCUUGCUGGAAGAAGCAGAAAAUGAGAGGAUGCACCUGAUGACCAUGGUGGAACUUGUCAAGCCCAAGUGGUACGAAAGGAUGCUGGUUCUCACUGUGCAAGGAGUCUUCUUUAAUGCCUUUUUUGUGCUUUAUUUACUCUCACCAAAACUGGCGCAUAGAAUAGUUGGCUACCUGGAGGAGGAGGCUAUACAUUCAUACACAGAGUAUUUGAAGGAUAUUAAUAGUGGUGCAAUUGAAAAUGUUGAGGCUCCUGCUAUUGCAAUUGACUAUUGGAGACUGCCCAAGGAUGCUAAACUGAAGGAUGUUAUAACUGUUAUUCGUGCUGAUGAAGCGCACCAUCGAGAUGUCAAUCAUUUUGCGUCUGAUAUUCACUUCCAGGGAAAGAAGUUGAAAGAGGCACCAGCCCCCCUUGGCUAUCAUUGACCCUAUCAUUUCCUGUGUAGAUAUUUAUGGAGAUAUGUAAACUGUUUCGAGUGAGGCGACACCAGUUGCGUUUUCUGAGAUGCACACCACUAUUGUAUGGGUCAUCAGUUAGCAUUUGCUUUCCGGAUUAUUAAGUUUAUACCACCAAAGCAAAGAUUAUUUGCAUGAGUCAUGUCAUGAACAUCGUUGUUUCCUGUUGUAUGAAGCUAAGAGGUUAAAUAUCAUCUCAUGCGACUGGAUCAAUGGCUUAAUUUGAUUAAACUUUUAAACAUAUAUGAUAUGUCCAUUCAAUGUACGGAAACAGUGUCAUUGCUACUUACUGCAUCUUCUGUGGAAGCAUCUGUGCAACUUUUGGAGGUU